ACCAAUAGGAUUGCCGAUAAAGCAGAGCAGCGUUACCUGGUGUGCGCUGAGUGCAAGUCUUUCAUUUUAAUUGUCAUUCCUAUGGACGAAGAAUUGUGAAAAUUCACACUACAGUACGCACAACCGGGCUUCCGUAUGAAAUUGAUAAUGUAGUUGAAGAUUGUAAAAAUUAUUAUAAUAGUACACAAAGUUAAUGAAAGGAUAAUUAUUUCCCAGGCAAUUAUGGCCACGCAGGCGUUGCUCAAUUUUGGAAACAUGUCAGGCAAACGGUAAACACUGAGAAAUGUCAUCUUUGGUUACUAUCUGGUCUGCAGUAUCACAAACCAAAAUCUAUGUCGCAAACGACCCUGCAUCACGUCAGGUGUUUUCGAAGAGUAACCGAUGCCUCCAAACAAAUCAAACCGCAAUUUGCUAGUGAAAGUAUCAAACCAGAUCCUGUUCACUUUACAAGAUUAUGGAAGUCAGUUGGCUUCUCUAUUAUGUUCAGUAGCGCAUCAAUAGUUGGAUCAGCAAUUUGGGAAUAUGAAAAUAUUAGGGCUCGCACGCAGAAGGUGGUCCAUCGAUUCGAGUUCCCUCGAGUAAGACGCACUGGAUGGAGGGCGACGGUUCACGAUUGGUGGAAUAGCUUAGAUGAAGGAAAAAAGUUAUUUGUUCCUAUUUGCUUCCUAAAUGUCUUGGUAUUUGGCGCGUGGCGUGUACCAGCUCUUCAGGGCACCAUGCAACGAUAUUUUCUCUCCAGUCCGAAUUCGAGUGCGCUGUGUUGGCCAAUGGUGUUAUCUACAUUCUCACACUAUACGAUCCUACACUUAGCUGCGAAUAUGUUUGUUUUGCACAGCUUCAGUUCACCGGUUGUAUCAACACUUGGCAAGGAACAGACUCUAGCUCUAUAUCUAAGUAGUGGGGUGAUGUCAAAUCUUGUUAGUUACUUUUACAAGACUCUGUUCUCCAGACCAGGCUUUUCUCUUGGAGCUUCAGGAGCCAUAAUGGGAAUUGUGGGCUUUGCCUGCACGCAGUAUCCUAACUUACGGCUCAGCGUUAUCUUUCUUCCAAUGUGGACGUUCACAGGUGAUAUGGCAAUUAAGGCAAUGGUCUGCCUUGAUACGAUAGGGUGCAUAAUGAAGUGGCAGUUUUUUGAUCAUGCAGGACAUUUAGGAGGUGCAGCAUGGGGAAUAUUCUGGCAGAAAUGGGGCAAUGCAUAUAUCUGGCAGAAGCGUGAACCGAUUUUAACUUUUUGGCAUGAAUUGAGAGGACCGCCUCGGUCUCGCUCAUGAUAUGCUUUCCACACGUUGAAAUUAAUUCUACAUUACGAUUUUGUAAACUAUUUAUAUGGAGGAUGUAAGCUGAAUAAAGUG